GGAGAACCGCCUGCGCCCCGGGGCACAAUUCCUCGCCGCCCGGGCCUGGGGAUUCGCGGCUGCUGCAAAACCGGCCGGGGCGGCGGGCUCGGGCAGCGCCCUCUAGGCAGCGGAAGUGGAGCUUGCUUUACAUCCGUCCUCCCCGCCUCGCAGAGUUGGGAGACGGCAGGCGGGGGGUGUGUGUGUGUGCGGAAAAAUAAAAGGGAAAAGUCCGGGCAUCAUGUAGACCAGCGCCCCCCGCUCAGGCGCCGCGGCCACCCGGGAGACCUCCCAGCCUGCGGCCAUGAACGCGAACGGCGAGAGCGACAGCUUCCCCGGCUCGGUGCAAAUUCCGGGUGGUGCGACAGUGCUGGUGGAGCUGACCCCCGACAUCCACAUCUGCGGGAUCUGCAAACAUCAGUUCAACAACCUGGAUACCUUUGUAGCUCACAAGCAGAGCGGAUGCCAGCUGACCGGUACGGCUGGGGCCACCCCCAGCACGGUCCAGUUUGUAUCAGAGGAAACGGUGCCUUCUGCCCAAGCUCAGACGACCACCAGGACCAUCACUUCAGAGACCCAGACCAUCACAGUUUCAGCUCCAGAGUUUGUGUUUGAACAUGGCUAUCAAACGUAUCUUCCUGCGGAAAGUAACGAAAACCAGACAGCCACUGUCAUCUCUCUCCCUACCAAGACACGCACCAAAAAGCCAGCAGCCGUAACUGCUCAGCGGAGGCUCAGCUGUUGCUAUCCAGGUUGCCAAUUCAAGACUGCCUACGGCAUGAAGGACAUGGAGCGGCAUCUAAAAAUCCACACAGGAGACAAACCCCACAAGUGUGAAGUGUGUGGCAAGUGCUUUAGCCGGAAGGACAAGCUGAAGACCCAUAUGCGGUGCCACACGGGCGUGAAGCCCUACAAGUGCAAGACGUGUGACUAUGCGGCGGCCGACAGCAGCAGCCUCAACAAGCACCUGCGGAUACAUUCCGACGAGCGCCCCUUCAAGUGCCAGCUCUGCCCCUACGCCAGCCGCAACUCCAGCCAGCUCACCGUGCACCUGCGAUCGCACACCGCUUCAGAAAUGGACGGUGAUGGCCCGAAGCCAGCCUGCCGCUCUGCAGACAACAGCAAUACAGAGAAGGCCCCUCCCACUGCUGCUGUGGCCACGGAGUCGAGAGAGCAGACCGUGACCCUUGGAGAAAAGACAUUCAACUGCUGCUACCCAGGUUGCCACUUCAAAACGGUUCAUGGCAUGAAGGACUUGGAUCGUCACCUGAGAAUCCACACUGGAGACAAGCCACACAAGUGUGAGUUCUGUGACAAGUGCUUCAGCCGGAAGGACAAUCUGACCAUGCACAUGCGGUGCCACACCAGCGUGAAGCCACACAAGUGUCACCUGUGCGACUAUGCCGCUGUGGACAGCAGCAGCCUCAAGAAGCACCUGCGGAUACAUUCCGAUGAGCGGCCAUACAAGUGCCAGCUCUGCCCCUACGCCAGCCGCAACUCCAGCCAGCUCACCGUGCACCUGCGAUCGCACACAGGGGACACCCCCUUCCAGUGCUGGCUCUGUAGCGCCAAGUUCAAAAUCAGCUCGGACUUGAAGCGGCACAUGAUCGUGCACUCGGGGGAGAAGCCCUUCAAGUGUGAGUUCUGUGACGUCCGCUGCACCAUGAAGGCCAACCUCAAGGCGCACGUGCGCAUCAAGCACACCUUCAAGUGUCUGCACUGCGCCUUCCAGGGCCGCGACCGUGCUGACCUGCUGGGGCACAGCCGGCUGCACCAGGCCGCCCACCCGGAGAAGUGCCCCGAAUGCAGCUACUCCUGUUCCAGCGCUGCUGCCCUGCGCGUGCACAGCAGGGUGCACUCCAAGGACCGCCCCUUCAAGUGCGACUUCUGUAGCUUCGACACCAAGCGGCCCAGCAGCCUGGCCAAACACCUGGACAGGGUGCACAGGGACGAGGCCAAGACCGAGAACUGGGCCCCGCAGGGCCGGGAAGGGCCCCGUGACGGCAGCACCCACAUGGCCAAGAUUGUGACCCAGCGGGCCUUCCGCUGUGAGACCUGUGGUGCCUCCUUCGUCAGGGAUGACUCUCUGAGGUGCCACAGGAAGCAACACGGCGAGCAGGGUGAGAGCAAGAGCUCGGGGCUGGUCACCUUCCCGCCAGAGAGCUCCACCCCAGGCCUCCUGGUGUCCAUGGGGCAGCUCGAGACCCCGCUGGAGCCCGGCCGGGACCUCUAGGCCACCGUAGAGGGUUGGCAGCUACCAGCAACCCCAGCAGAGUGCUGGUGACCAGCCCGGGUCAUAGGCUGGCUGCUCUGACGCCCAGGCCUGUGGCAGCCCAGAGUCAGAGCUCUGGUCUAAGGAUGGGCGCCAGCGCCAGGCUGUGCUGGCGCUUCACGUAUCCAGCUCGCUGCGUGACUUCCCCGAGCAGCCGACUGUGCCGUGGAUGUGUGGAGUACCUGCAUCUGACGGGAUAGCUUCAGUGUGAUGGGUUUCCAUUUUAAACGGAUGCAACUGUUACACCUGUUAGACGCAGGGGGAACCAGAACU